AUGAACUCUAACCCGUAUUAUGAUACGUGGGAUAGACAUAAUAGCAUAGCUAUAUCAGCUAAUAAAGGAUUACGCAAUGCUCCGGGUGAAAAUAAUUGUUUUGUGAAUAGUGCUGUACAGGUGUUUUGGCAUCUUGAUGUAUUUAGAAGAAGUUAUAGAAGACUCAAUGGUCACACCUGUAUGGGAAAUUCCUGUAUUUUCUGUGCUUUAAAGAUUAUAUUUACACAAUUUCAAUACAGUGACCAGAAAUCACUCCAUCCUGAUGCAUUACGGAAAGCAUUGGCCGAGACGUUUGCUAAUCAGCAGAGAUUCCAAUUGGGACAUAUGGAUGAUGCCGCAGAAUGCUUUGAAAAUAUUUUACGUCGUAUCCAUUUCCAUAUCGCUAAUGAUUGUGAAGAAGACACAUGUAAUGCCCCACACUGUUUACCUCAUCAGAAGUUUGCUAUGCAGGUGGUUGACCAGGUUAUUUGUCCAUGUGGUGCCACUUCCAACCCAUUAAAAUUUCAUGAAAUGGUUCAUUAUAUAUCAUCUAGUGCUUUAGUAGCUCAAGCUCGAGCUAUGCAUGAAACAGGAGAUAUGUUACACCCAGAAAGAUUUGGGUUAUUGUUACGUAAUGCCAGUACACAAGGAGACGUUAGAGAUUGUCCUGGUAAUUGUGGAGGUAAAAAAGUACCAAUUCGCAGAACUUUAAUGAAUUGUCCUGAUGUCGUGAGUAUUGGUUUAGUGUGGGAAUGUGACCAUCCUACAGUAGAAAUGACUACAGAAGUAGCUCGAAAUAUUGGUACCACCAUUUUACUACAAGAUGUAUUUCAUUCGGUGAUGAAAGAUGAGAAAACGUUACCUAAGUUACACCUGGUAGGCUUGGUCUGUUACUAUGGCAAACAUUACUCCACCUUUUUAUUCCAUAGUAAACAGAAAGUCUGGAUUUAUUUUGAUGACGCCACAGUUCGUGAGAUUGGACCACGAUGGGAGAAUGUAGUAGAAAAAUGUGGUAAAGGGAGAUAUCAGCCCUUACUGUUAAUAUACGCUAAUCCUAAUGCUAACCCUGUUCAUGUGGAUACAGCUCCUAGAAAGAAAGUCAUGGCUCAAGGAUUUACUUCAGGUAAGUCAAUUUGA